ACUCGGUCAAAGAGCUCUCGACCACCAACCAAACAGUCGAUCGGACAUAAGCGAGUUCGGUCCCGUCGCUAUUUUGAUAUUGGUGUGGAGCACGUAUUCUGAUGAGGAUGUACACCAAUGUAUCCAUUAUCAGAUACGUCGACACGAUCUGGUGUCAACGUGAGCAUUGCCUUUUUUCCUCUAACAUGGCGGAGAGCAGCGAUCGGAGCGGCGAUGCAGUUCGCGCUAAUGGCAGAGACUUUAACGUCCAACUGGCGUUGCAGCCUGUUGUAGCCGACGUGUUGGAGCAGUUGACGGAGCUGUGGCAGGCGUUUGGUCUGAAUGAUGAGGAACAAUUGCAGCAAAAGAAGCUUCUGGUCGCUACGAUCAAGAAAAGCUGCCAGAACAGAGUGGUUAAUUGGCGCAAGGAGGUCGAGCGCGCAACGACUCGCAUAGCGGAGUUGGAGACGGAAGUUCAGACCAUCACGGCGCAGUUCCAGGGCAACGAGUCAACUGGAUGGUGCAUCCAGUCCCUAGACGAGCUGUGUGGCGGUGCGCUCCGCGACCGACUUGCUGCGCUUGAGAUGGAGUUUAAAUUCCUGGACAGCGUUCGCACUAGUCGCUUGGCUGAGGUUACCAAACUACGAGAUCAGUUGAGUCUGAUGGACAGGAAGUUGGGCACCACGUCCGUUUUGCGCUCGGAUGUAUCUAUCCUCAGUGAAGAUUACAAGGCAGCACUACAGGAAAUCGUCAAGAACAAGUCACGAGAAGUGCACACACGACGAGCUGCUCUUCUAGAGGCCGUAAGCGAAUGCGUAAAGCUCGCUCAAGAGCUGCAAGUAGAACCCGACCACACGUUUGCACCGGACAUCAACGAUCGCCUGAAGCGAGAUUUGUCGGUUGAAAUGCUCCAGAAGAUCUCACUGAGAACUGUCGAGCUGCGAGAGCUCAAGGUCAACCACGAACUACGUCUAGCGGAGAUGAUUGGGCAAAUCCAUGAGCUUUGGCGCGAGCUGCAGAUUUCGGAAGAAGAGCGGGAACGUUUCCGGGAAGCUGUGCGUGGAGUUGGUAAAGCUACUCUCGCAUCGUGCGAGGCGGAGUUGACGAGACUCCAACGUCACCACAAACGCUUUGCUGCGACUGCUGUUGAGGUUUCCAAACUGCGAAAUGCCAUAACAGAGCACUGGGACCUACUGGGAUACAGCUCUGAUCAGCGCAAAUACUUCGCUAGUAUGAUGAUGAAACCUGACUCAGAGCUGUCCUACAAGGUCUUUCGCGCUCACGAGAAAGCGCUGGAACGUCUGAAGCGUCAAACAUCAAUAAUGAGAGAACUCAUAAUUUACGUUACCAAGCGAGAGGAGAUCCUACAAGCUCGCGCAGAACAUGGUGUUCCUGACGAAAGAACUCGUCUGCGCAUCGAGAGAGAACUGCCGAAAUACACCACGAUACUGCUGAACCGUAUUGCGAAGUAUGAAAACGAAACUGGCAUCCCGUUUUGCUGGAAAGGUGAACGGUACUUGGAACAGAUACACUCGGACGAUCGAUACGACAAGAAGAAAAAGGCGACAAACAGCAUUGGUCAAAGCAGUCUAGCCAGCUCUAAAGGCAAUGACAGCCGACGUCGCAUUCAGCUCACCAAUCGGUACUCGAUUGAGGAAUGCGCGCCCCCACGCAUCUCCAGCAUGGAGGAACAACUUCGACGUCGUCGAUCUGACCCGCAAGCACCGGAGCGUUCCCGGUGGCGCAACUUUAUCCGAAGCACGUUUCCGAAACGAAAUGUGGUGGCGUAGGUGUUACCAAACCUUCUGCGACGAGUAGUGCCUAACAUUCGCAAGAUUCUUAUCUUCCAGACCUCCAUCAUGCACACUACAUGUAGCUAUCCGGAUAUUACCCUCUGAAAAGGGAGAGAUUUAACAAACGUGUUUUUCUCAUUGCCA